AUGGAUCCAGAGAGGCGAAGUCACCAGAGGGAGUAUGAAGAGCCAGAGACAUGCAGUCAGCGGAGGAGUAUGAAGAAGAACAUGCAGAGGGAAGGAGUGUAUGAGGGAGAACCAGAGCGAUGCAGCGGAGGGGAGUAUGGAGAACCAGAGGAUGCCAGUCAGCGGAGAGGGAGUAUGGAGAACCAGAGCAGAUGCAGUCACCAGAGGGAGUAUGGAGAACCAGAGAGAUGCAGUCAGCGGAGGGAGUAUGAAGAACCAGAGACAUACAGUCAGCGGAGGGAGUACAGAGAACCGAGUUCAGGGCAAUGGGACGAUGGCCUUGAGACGAGAGGCAACGGCCAGGCUAUGGCCAGAGAUCUCUACAGUGAAUACUCCAGCAUGAGGAGGACUAGAGAACAGAAACAGAAGACGAAGGACAAGGACCUUGAAGUGUUAACAACAAAUGUUUCCAAUAACGAUGUUACUCUUAAAGAGAGGGUGAAUUGCAUUUUGAGAAAGCGGGCAUGGACCAAUGAAUGUCGCUUAAAGGAGGCUGCCAACCAGAAGGUCCCUCCCAAGCUUGUUCUCCAUCCGCCCAAAGUGGUCAAAAGCUUUGUGGAACGGAUGAACGAGUCCGUCCUGCACAAAGACAGCAGAUUGAAGGGCAGCCUUACCCUGGACGUCCAUGAAGAGGAGCAUCCUCUGAAACUCAAAGUGGAGGCUUUAUUGGCACAGCGACACAAUCCCACGGUGAAUAAGGAGGACAAAGCAGCCAAGGGCUUCCAGCACUUCCUCGAUGUCCUCAACAAAGGGGUGUACAUCGACAGGCUCUCAAAGAUUGUCAACAAUUCCAAGGAUUUACCCUCUGUGGGAGAGGAGCUGCCACAAGGUCAGCCGCCUCCACUUCAUGGCCAGCCCGAGACCAACUCUAAGAGUGAGAGGACGGUGCCCUCUCGCAAAAGGAGCUCCCGAUUUGAUGAGAAAGAUAAAGAGAAGGAGAAAGAGGAGAGUGAGAAAGAUAAAGAGAAGGAGAAAGAGGAGAGAGAGAAAGAUAAACAGAAGGAGAAAGAGGAGAGCGAGAAAGAUAAAGAGGAGAGCGCAUGCUCAAGUAAAUGUCACAGUAUUACCUUGUUAUCAGAUAGCUCCAACUCCAGCCCUCCUUGCCAUCGGUGGACCGCAAAAUACAAACGCUCUAGCACCAGAGACCAGGACCGAGACAGAGACAGGGGCAGAUCUGAGAGAGACAGAGACAGACGCUCAAGCACCAGAGACCAGGACAGAGAGAGAUACAGAGACAGGGGCAGAUCUGAGAGAGACAGAGACAGGGUGCAGUACUCUCAGUACAUGGCAUACCACGGCAGCCCCUACGCCAGCGCCUUCCCUCCAGGGUGUAGCUUUCCCCCUGGUACCGUGUUCCCUAGUACCAUGCCCCCGAGUACCGUGCUCCCUGCAUAA